GUUAGCGUGUUUGGACGUGGUGAGACUGGAUAUGGUCUGCGGGAGACUAAACACGGUGGUCACUAAGAUGAUGAACGCUGUUGCUAAAGAUAUGGCUGCAGUAUGUGCAGACCCAGAAGUUGGCUCAUGCAGCGAUAGAUUCAGUCUCUGCUCGUCCGCGGAAUAUUUUCUUUCACGAGUGAACAACAUUACGCAGGCAGCAGAGUUUUGCAGACGUGUGUAUGUUGGACUGGAAUGUUUUAAAGAGCUGAGACAGGACCCAGCCUGUGAACUAGAUGAUGAAAAUAUUCUGGAGUUUGAGAGGAAACUCGGGGCAAUCAUCAAACCUUCAUGUGGGACAGGAACGACUACUCACACUGGUUUUCUACUACUGAUAGAGUUGUCGUGCUGGAUGCUACUGCACUCACUCAUCUCCAGUUUGAUUGGAUAAAAACAUGUUCUAUAUUUAGAAUUUAGAAUCUCAGACUUUGAAUGAAAUAAGAAAACAAAUUCUAUUUCUAUCAAAGUUAGAUAAACAAAAUUAGCUUUAGUAGGUCAAUGUUUGCAUGUUUGCUUGAUUACAAAGACGGUUGCUUACAUUUUAACAAUAGUAAAUUACAUUGUGAAAUAAAAAUGUGUCACAUAAUAUAAAAUAUAUAUUUCUGAAUGUUUGCAUAGAUUUAUUUGUGUCGUAUUUUUUAAAGAGAUCUAGUUUUAUAUUGAAUCCCAAUUGUUGAUAUCAUUCACUUGA